AUGCCUCCGCUUGAGAGGAGCCAGCAGCUGCACAGCAAACGUUUCAAGCAGAGGAAAAGCUUCGCUACUAGGAAGCAAGAAGUAGCGGGAAUUCGCUCCAAGUUCCCCAACAAAAUCCCGGUGAUCAUCGAGCGUUAUGAGAGGGAAAAGUUUCUCCCUCCUUUGGACAAAACGAAGUUUCUCGUUCCACACGAGCUCACCAUGAACCAGUUUGUUACCAUUAUCAGGAACCGCAUGGCACUGCUGCCAUCACAGGCCUUCUAUCUGCUGGUUAACAAUAGCGGUCUAGCCAGCAUGACCCUCAGCAUGGCUCAGGUCUACGGGGAUCACCAGGAUGACGACGGCUUUCUCUACAUGACUUAUGCCUCCCAGGAGAUGUUUGGACACCUUUAG